AUGCAUUCAGUGUUCUCCGCGGACGACGUCUCCGAUACGGCUUGGGCGUUGUCGUCUCCGGCAAUGAAUAGGAGCGCGUCGGAGUGGGCCUUCGAGCAGUUUCUCGACGAGUUCUCGACCCCAGCGGCCACUCCUCGGCGAUCAGUUGCCGUCGCCGAUCAAUUGACCGCUUCGUCGGUCGCUUCUUGUUCUGUUGCGUCUCAGUCGUCAACGUCGAAGCGCGAAGAUGGAGAUGAAGAGGUAGUUGAGAUCAAGAAGCCCGAUCAUCAUAAUCAUCAUCAUCAACCUCAGCAGCAGCUUAAUCACCCUAAUCCUCCGCCGUUGGAUCCGACGUCAACGGUUCAGGUUAAUUCGGAUCAGUACCGUGAAUUUCUUAAGAACCAGCUCGAUCUGGCUUGCGCUGCCGUCGCUCUCUCUCGCGCGUCGUCUUUGAAGCCUGUGGAUUUGGAUAACAUGGCCGCCGAGAGUCAAUCGCAGCUGUCGAAGCCUUCACAAUUAGCCCACAGUCAAUCGCUUGAUAAAGAUGCUGGUCAUGGUUUCCCAGUGCAACAAAAUGAAGCUGACACUGGCCCAGUUGGCAUUCCGGCUUUACCUGCUGUUCAGAAAAUAACGGGGUUGCAGAGUAAGCAGACAACAAGCGGAUCAUCGAAAGAGGACUCGGAUGAUGAUGAUCUUGAAGGAGACAUUGAAAUUAAUGAGAAUAUGGAUCCUUCUGAUGUAAAACGUGCUAGGAGGAUGCUGUCAAAUCGAGAGUCAGCUAGACGCUCUAGAAGGAGAAAACAAGCACAAAUGAGUGAACUUGAGACACAGGUUGGUCAACUGAGGGUUGAACACUCUACAUUGUUAAAACGUCUCACAGACGUGAAUCAGAAAUAUGAUAAUGCUGCUGUUGACAACAGAAUAUUAAGAGCUGAUAUUGAGACGUUAAGAGCAAAGGUGAAAAUGGCAGAGGACUCCGUUAAGAGAGUGACAGGGAUCAACCCGCUACUUCUGGCCAUGUCAAAUUUACCGAGUGUAAGCAUACCAUCAGUGAACCCCAUGGAUGGAUCUACAAAUGCUGCUGUGCCAAUGCAACCGAACUCCAACCAGCUCUUUCAUCCGGUAGUUCCUAAUUUGGCCACUUCCACUCUACCUCACCAGAGAUUGGACACCGGCUUUCCACGAGACCCCCCAAUUUCUCUAGUCAGGAACCCACAGAGUAAUGUUGGCCAGCCUACCGUCACCGGAAGCAACAUGGCUGAAAUCUCUUCAAUUCAACACACAGCUAGUGUAGAUCAUAUGCAGCAGCAACCGCAGCAGCAGCAGCUUCGGCCAGGAGUGGGUCCACGUGAACCAUUGCCGGGUUGGGAUCCUCAUCUUUCCCAUGCUGCCCCAAAGAACAAGAAACAGAGCUGA